GCCGAGUUGUGCGCUGCGGGGCGACAAUGGACGCGGCGGUUGUGGCCGAGGAGGAGUCUCCCUGAAAGCUCCGGGGUCUGCGCGGCGGGGGCCGGGGCGGCAGGGGCUAGACCAUGUCGGGGGCGCCGCUGGGCCGCGCUCCCUGAAGCAGGGCGCCGGCGCUGGAGCCGGCGGUGUCUCCCGGCCUCCUAUGGGCUCGCUGAGCAGCCGGGUGCUGCGCCGAGGCGGGACCCGGGCCGUCCAGGAGCGGGGCUCCGAGGCGGGGAGCGCGGCCGGGCCGGGCGGCGGGGGAGCCCCCCGGGGGAGCGCCUGCUAUUGCCGGGGCGGCCGCAAGCGCAAGCGCAGCAGCGGCGCCUUCUGCUACUGCGAGCCCGGCUCGGAGGAAGAGGAUGAGGACGAGGAUGAGGAAGAGGGGGACGAGCAGGAGCGGCUCCUCAACACCCCCCGCAGGAAAAAAUUAAAAAGCACAUCCAAGUAUAUUUAUCAAACUUUAUUUUUGAAUGGGGAAAAUAGUGACAUUAAGAUUUGUGCUCUAGGAGAAGAAUGGAGCUUACACAAAAUAUACUUGUGUCAGUCUGGCUAUUUUUCCAGUAUGUUUAGUGGGUCUUGGAAAGAAUCAAGCAUGAAUACUAUUGAACUGGAGAUUCCUGACCAGAAUAUUGAUGUAGAAGCUCUUCAAGUGGCAUUUGGAUCUUUAUAUCGAGAUGAUGUCUUAAUAAAGCCCAGCCGAGUUAUUGCAAUUUUGGCAGCAGCUUGUAUGCUACAGCUGGAUGGUUUAAUACAACAGUGUGGUGAGACAAUGAAGGAAACAAUUAAUGUGAAAACUGUAUGUGGCUAUUACACAUCAGCAGGGACCUAUGGAUUAGAUUCUGUAAAGAAAAAGUGCCUUGAAUGGCUUCUAAAUAACUUGAUGACUCACCAGAGUGUUGAUCUUUUCAAAGAACUCAGUAUAAGCCUCAUGAAACAACUGAUCUGUUCUUCUAAUCUAUUUGUAAUGCAAGUCGAGAUGGAUGUAUACACUGCCCUCAAGAAGUGGAUGUUUCUUCAGCUAGUGCCUUCUUGGAAUGGAUCAUUAAAACAGCUUUUACCUGAAGCAGAUGCCUGGUUUUCCAAGCGUAGGAAAGAUUUUGAAGAAAUUGCCUUCCUUGAAAUUGAUCAGGGAAAAGCUUUUGUACCGGUAUUCCGACACUUGAGGUUGCAGUACAUCAUCAGUGAUUUAGCUUCUGCAAGAAUCAUUGAAAGAGAUGCUCUAAUACCUUCAGAAUGGUUGGCUUCUGUUUACAAGCAGCAGUGGUUUGCCAUGCUCAGAGCAGAACAAGACAGUGAUACGGGACCUCAGGAAAUUAAUAAAGAGGAACUUGAAGGAAAUAGCAUGAGGUGUGGUAGAAAACUUGCCAAGGAUGGUGAAUACUGCUGGCGGUGGACAGGGUUUAACUUUGGCUUCGACUUACUUGUCACAUACACCAAUCGCUAUAUUAUUUUCAAACGCAACACACUGAAUCAGCCAUGCAAUGGAUCUGUCAGCUUACAGCCUCGAAGAAAUAUAGCAUUCAGACUACGGUUGGCCUCUCUUGAUAGUAGUGGGAAACUGAUUUGUAGUAGAACAACUGGAUACCAAAUACUUACUCUUGAAAAGGAUCAGGAACAAGUGGUGAUGAAUUUGGAUAGCAGACUUCUCAUCUUUCCUUUAUUUAUCUGCUGUAACUUCCUGUAUAUAUCACCAGAAAAAAGAACUGAAAGUGGCGAUCAACUAGAGAAUACAGAGAACUGAGCAAUCUGGUCAAACGGAACACAGUUGCACUUUGAAAAUGUUUUAUUUCUACUUUAACAUUAUGGCCCUACUGAUAUACACAAAUAAGGUGACUAAUGAUGAGAAAGGCCUUAUGAACUGUAGCAGAUAAUACCUAUAACUCCUUUUUAUCCUCAGUAUAAUUCUAUGCAUAUAUGAAGAAAGUGAAUUUUGAAGCCAAGAAAUUCUGCCAAACCCAAUUAUGCUAUGAAAAUGUCAACUUGUGCUUUCUGUUUAGCGUUAGCAGACAAGAACUGAAGAUUAAUGGGACAUUCCACAUUUUUCUACCAAACUAAAUACAUAUAUGCUUUUUUUGAUAAAGUGUGACCUAACCCAACGUUGGUGAACUUUGGUUAUAUAUAUCUGUAAAUUUUCUAUUGUUUGGAUGAAAAAUAACUAGGAAAUUAUUUGAACAGCUGGCUACAGAUUUGAUGAUGCAUCUUUAAAGCUGCCCUUCAAUUUUAUCAUUCAAUCUCUACUAAUUCUGCCGUCCUCUUCUUGUCUAUGUCCUUUUAAUUUAUACUUGAUUUGAAUGAUUUCACAUCCCAUAUAUGUUUUGGGAAGUUGAAAGACUAACCGGAGGACUGUAUUUGUUUUUUCAACUUGAGAUAAUUUUUCAUGUUGUUUUGCCUUUAUUUUAAUUUUUCUAGCAUUUAAAAUAAUCAGUCUCACUUUCCACAAAGCUUAUUUUGGGAGAAAGGAAUCUUUAUUCAUUCAUCUUGCUUUGCUUCUUUAAGGCAGUUCUUUUCCCUUCCAUAGUCUCUCUUUAGCAUCCUGUAUAGUCUUAAAUUAUUAUUCAUGUUAUUUGUGUACCAAGUAUUACUUAUUAAGCAUUUUUAUUCUGUGCUCAUCUAUAUAUACAUAUAUUUUUAAAACAAUUUUUUUAAGGAUCCUAUUUCCUACUUAAGCUCAGGAAAUUGUGACCACUGAGUUGAGUGCCUUUGAGUUUCACAUUCGAAUACAAACUUCUUAGUAAACCCUUGAUGGGUUCAUAGAAUCCAAAAAAGAAGUUGAUAACUAAGGGUCAUUGUAAAAAUUGAAGAAGUAUUUUUAGUUAAAAAUAAGAUGUAUACUGUCAAUAGUCUGUAUAUGUUGGUUUUCUAUGUUUAUGUGUAUCUUGAAAAACAUCCUGAUUUUUUUUUCCAGGCAGAGCAAGUACUUUGAUUAGCACUUAUUUUUAAUAUGUUGACGAAUUAGGAGAUUUUAAUUUUAUCCUGUUUGGUGUACAAAUAAUAAACACCUAUUUAGUAAGAGGUAAAACAAGCUGAUACAGUGGAUAAAUCCUUUCAAAGGAAUAAGUUUUUUCACUUAAUGAAACCAGAGUUUUUCCUUUCCAACCAGAAGUAAUUUUAUUAUCUAUCUGGACCUUCUUCAAAAAAAAAAGUACUUUUAACAUUUGUUAUCCAAUUCUUUGGCAGGUUCAGAAAUUUAUUUUUACCAUUUAAACUAUUCUCUUGGUGUAAAUUUCUUAAAAAUCAUUUUGAAAGUUCUUUAUUUUUUCACUGUUCAAUAUUUCUCAUUUAAUAAAAUAAAACUAAGAAGUUUCUUAAUUUCAAGCUUGACCACAGGACGUCUGAAAAGAGAUUCUGCAUAUUUUUCCUAUAACUUUAACUUCCAAGAUUCUUCUGACUUUGUAUAUUAAAUCAAAUGAAUGUCCAGCUACUUCUAAUUAAUUGAAUAAUAGACAAAGGAUUGUAUUUAGGUUUUAAAAAAAAAGCUUGAUGGAGGAAAUGAAUUAAAAAUAAGCUUAUUUGUUAACAUUCCAUUUCCUUUAUGUGAAUUAUAUACAGUACUUGUGCAGUAGAAUAGAAUCCUAGUAAAUUUGUUCUUUACAGACAUAAAAUUAGACUAAUUUCUAAUAAGAAUAGAUUCUCCUGAGAGACUGAGAAUUUAUUCUUCAGAUUGACUGUAAAGAUUUUUUUUGUUUUAUCACCCAUAUCUUUGAUUUUUAUAAUAAAAUAUUUUAAUGAAGGUGCUACUAGAGUCAGCAGAAGUACCAGCAUAUGAAUUUGUCAUGAAUUUAUUGAAGUCUGCCACUUUAAGCUAUUUAUUCAAUGGCAAUUUGUUGUAUGAAUGAGACCUGGAGAAGUUUUCCCUCCACCAUCAUCUGUUUUGCCUUUGUGUGACCCAUCAUUGUUGAAAUCAAAAAACACAAUAGGUUCUUUUUAUUAUGUAUUUCUCCCUUUCACCCACAUAAUCAAAUGGUUUGGCAUGAAUGAACCAAUCUUUAGACUUCCCAGUCUGAUGAGUUUGUCUGACAUUAAAGCAUAGGCAGGAACAGGGCAAGAAGCUAAGAGCAGAUGGGUUUUUAGGUUUUGCAUCUGGCUCUUUUCCCUGUCAUCUGAGCCAUAUGCAACAAACAUUAAAUUCAUACCAUGAGGCACUUGCGACAGGGAUUAUAGGGACUAAAUAAGGCCAAUUCUACCUUGGGUCUAAUGGGAUCUUGUGACAUACACUGCUGGUUCAAAGCAGAAUGUGUGUAUUGGGUAUAAAGGAGUACUUUGACAACUGCACAAAACUGGCCGUGCAGACAUCACCCCCAUUUUGUAUAUGAGUAAAGGUAAGGAAGUGUAAGUGACUUGCUACAAAAUUAAAAAUCUGUUAGAUGGCAUAUCUUGGACUUGGAUCCAGGUCUUCUGACUUAAAAGUUAAAUGCUCUUUCCAUUAUAGCACAGCUGCUAUUUUUGUGAAAAUUCUAUAUUGUAUAUACGAACAUAUGAAAGAUAAUGGAGGAACUAGAGGUAUGGCAAGAGCUACUGUAGGAAAAAUUAGACUAAGGUUGAGAAUAUAGUAGUGCUCAGUAUAGAGUUCUUGUUCUUUUAUUAGAUAGUACAUAACAUUUUGAACAGCUUUGUGUAAAAAUUUUCCUUUUUAUUAUGUAUUUAUUACUCCCUUUCAUACACAAUUCUAGCUUAGCUGAACUACUGUUAUCCAAACUUGGUAAUUGUAUCUCCUACCUCCGUCCUCCUUUCUUAAAUUAUACUUUCAUUUUUGCCUCUCAGAAUUCCUUAUCUUGCUCCGUUCAGAUGAUACUCUCUGUAAAGUCUUCCCUACCCUUCAUUUGUUCAAUCAUUCCGAUCCCCUUGUUGUUUUUUCAUAUUUAUGUACAUAUGUGCCUCCCGUUAGAUGGAAGGUCCUUCAGAAUAGACAUCAUUUCAUUUUGUCUUUUCCCCUGACUACCUGGCAUAGUAUUUCCCACAAUAACGUUUCCUAAAACAUCACACAGUUUGUUGGAUAGGACCUCAGCCAUCAAUCUCAUAUUCGAAAAAAGGAAUCAUACCCUUAUCAUCCCAAGGGGUCAUCAGCUUCUUGCUUUGACUCUGUUGAGAAGGGAUCACACCACUUCCAAGGCUAACCUAGAGAGAGCUAACCAGAAUCUGUCUAGUAACUUAGGGAUGAGGAGAGUAGUGGAUACUGGCUCACUGCACUUUGUUUUCUCAUCAGUAGGUUGACCUGCAAGUUUUCCUUCUCAUUACUGGUCAUGUAAUUAUGCCACUUCUCAUUCAUUAACUAUGGGCACCAUUAAUAUUUUUGAACAGCUAUGUAACCCUAAGCAAGUCACUUCACUUUCUCCGCUUCAUUUUCUUCAUAAAAAUGGGGAUAAUACUGAUUUCAUAGGACUGUUGUGAGGAGAGCACUUUAAUAAUAAACCUUGAUACCAUA